UCGAUGCAUUGAAAGAAAACCAUAAUCAAUAAAAUUUACAAAACUGUCUUAACCAGUGUAAAUUAUAAGACUCCUUAUUAUUUUUCAGCACAAAAAUGGACGAUUUGUGCACAACGUGUUUAUGCUCUGGACGAAGCUUAUAUUUUCUGGAAGAUACGGCAUAUUAUCACAUGUAUUUACAAAUAUUCAAUGAAUUACAGCCAGAAAUGCGAGUCCGCAUCUGUUGGGAGUGCCGAGCGCUGCUCCGUCGUUUCCAGCAGUUCCGGGGCCAGGCGCGUCGCUGUCACCAGCUACUAACUGAACAUGGCACUCCGAAGUACGCACUGUGCCAGCCGCCCCGGUUGAGCGUUCAUCAGGUCACCGCUACCAGUUACCCGCUAGAUGUGAAGGUCGAGCCAACAGAGACUAUUGUGGAGAUCAUUGACAACAUCAAGAUAGAAGUAGAUGACGCCAUAGUGGAGCAUUGCGAACCAGAGACAUUUGUGAACGAGCUAGACUUGAACAAGACUGAGAACCGAGAGAAGACCGAGGAUUUGAAAAAGCCAAGCAAGAAAAAGAAGAAAAAAAUAAAAGGGAAUAAAAAGAAGAAAAAGAAAUUGGAAGAACCACUGUCAGACGGAUUUAGCGAUCGAGAAUGUGAUUUUAAAAUUGACAUUGUUGACAAUUUUGACAAUAUUAGGAAUACUGCCAAUAUAGACAAAGCAACCAAUAAUGUUGACAAUUUUGACAAUGCAGCUCACAAUUUUGACAAUAUUGAUAACUAUGACAAUGUUGAAAAACCAGAGGAAAAAGUGAUUGAAGCAAAAUGUAUGUGUUCUCAAUGUGGACUGACAUUUGACACUAAAAAGCAGAUGGACUUACAUGUCAAAAAAGAUCAUCUAAAGGGAGAGGGUGUGAACGAGAAAGUUAGAACCCGGAGUAAAGAGGUGUUAGCUGAGAAACCGACUUGUGCUGAGUGUGGCAAGGUGUUCAGCUCCAGAAAGACCUACAGAUAUCAUCUCAAUGUCUUACAUAAAGGGCAGAACAGAUACCCUUGUCCGCGGUGCGGAAAAGUGUACCAAUGGAAGAGUAACCUCGGUCGACAUCUCAGGACGCAUAAGGCUAGAGACGACGGUGAACUGUACUGUGAGCUGUGCGACAAAAGAUUCGCGUCCGUAGCUACUUACAGGCAACAUUUACGGGUGUCAAGACGCCAUGUUUCUGAAAGCGAGUUCAGUUUUGUAUGCAACGAUUGCGGCAAGAAAUUCGUCAACAAAACUCGGUUAAGGGACCACGUGGACUGGGAGCAUCUCAAGAAGAUCAAGUUUCGAUGCCAGCUCUGUAACAAGCCUUUCAAAUGUCACACAUCGUUGUACGUGCAUCUACAAAACGUUCAUAGAAAUAAGGAGAAAAAAGACAACCUGUGCCAUGUCUGCGGUAAAUCUUACCAGAACGCGGCCAAACUAAAAUAUCACAUAGUGGCCAUGCACACACGUGAAACUCCGUACCAGUGCGGUCAGUGUGGAGCGGCCUUUGGAUGGUACUCGAGUCUGUACCGACACAUACGGGAGGUGCAUUACAAGAUGAAAGUGCAGCCGAAAAAGGCAAAGAAGGGGAAAAAGAUAGAAGAUAUGGAUAUUAUGCCUAUGCCCGGGCCCGCUUAAACAUACGUACAGACAGACAGACAAUUUUAUAGGGGGUGCUACUGCAAUUUUAGUCGCUAUUUAGGGUUCUGUACCUUAAAAAGAUAAGAUAUAGUACAUUACGAUACAGGUGCGGAAAGAAGGAAGUUUGUAACGAGUGGCGAUAAAUUUUUCGCACGUGUAUCGUACGACGUUUUUCAUUACAGAUCGCAGUUUCCACCUGACAAGAACUGAACCACUUCUCGCACUAGUGCGUAAAAAACACCAUCUGUACUGAAAGAUAUGUUUGUACUGAAAAACGUCGUACGAUACACGUGCGAAAAAGGAAAUGCGUAACUCGUGUCGAUUUAAAACACUCCCUUCGGUCGUGUUUUUAUUUAUCGCCAAUUCGAACUUCCUCUUUUUCACACUUGUAUUGUAAUGUAAUAUUAUUUGCAAUAAUACUUACUUCUAGAACAUUUGAACGGCCCCUUUACCAUAAGCGACAACUGGUACCUUUUACCACACCUCGGACACUAAGCGAUCAAAUAUAUGAAAGAGGCGCGUUCCUAGCACACAUUCUAAGCUCGUGUAGGUGAACGCGUACCAUGCUUGUAUGAGUGACAUAUGACAGGUCGACUGUUCGCCUUUUUGACAGGCGGUAACUGUGAGGUAACCGAGAGGGGGUGGGCGGCGCUUUUAGCGGGGAGCGGGAGUGGCCAUACUGUACGAUAGUACUCUUUAUUAUACUGUGCUUUUACUGGAGCGCGUCACAAACAGGACCUUUUGUAAUGGAAUACCACAUUAUUGAUAUGAUCAGACUGAAUUAUAUUUAAGUAUCUUUACAAUGUAAUGAAUAAUGAA